AUGAGACCUCUGAACUACAGCGUAGUACCAAAAUACAAUUUUAUUGUCACUGCCAGCGACAUUGGUGGAAACAAUGACACAACCUCAGUUGAGAUUAUAGUAGAAGACUUUGAUGACUUAGAUCCCUUUUUCAACCACAGUCUCUACCAGGCUGCUGUUCCAGAGAACCAGGUUGGGGUUCUCAGUGAAAUAAAACCAGAACCAAUAAAGGCCCAAGAUGGAGACACUGGAAUCAACAUGACGAUAACAUACAGCAUCACUUCAGUCUCUCCUGCCGAGUACCAAGCAAACUUCAACAUCGACGCCAACACCGGAGCUCUGUCUGUGGUGACGUCGUUUGACAGGGAGGAAAUGGUCAGCAGUGAAAUCUCUGUCAACAUCAAGGCGGCCCAGACAGACGACCCUCUGAAGACGGCUGAUGCUGUGGUGUCCGUCACGGUGGAAGACGUGAACGACAACGCUCCAGAGUUCGAUCAGUCGAUCUACAACGUCUUCCAUCUGGUGAACUCCCUCGCUAAUAACAUCACUGAUUUGGACAAGAAUAUCACCACCAUCAGAGUGAGCAUCACGGACGACGACAACGACAACAAACCCGAGUUCAGCUCCAGCAGCUGCGACUCCAGCAUCCUGGUGAAAGACGCAGAGAAGAGGAAGCUGCUGCUGACGCUCAGAGCCACCGACAAAGACAUCGGAAACAACUCGCUUAUCACCUACAGUUUCUCUGAAGGAAAUUCGCCUCUUUUGGCCUUAGACAGCAAAACAGGAGAAGUGACGCUGACCUCUGACCUUGCUGAUGUAACUGAAGACACCAGACUGGUCCAGACGGCCGAGGCCACAGAUCAUGGCAAACCUCCGCUCAGCGCCACAGCUCUAGUGGUGGUGAACAUCAGGAUCAAUAGUUCUGACGGCGUGGCGUUCCUGAGCUCCUCCUACAACUUCAGCCUGAAAGAGAACCAGAAUCCAAGGGUCACUGUGGGGCAGGUCCUGGAAGUGGAGGCUGUGGACACGCGGACGCCUCCCACAUCAGCAGUGGCUCUGGUCAGAAUUCAGGUGGAGGACGUAAACGAGCCGCCAGAGUUCUCCUCGGACGAUUAUGAAGCCUCUGUGUUCAGCAUCUCUCCGUACAAAACCCCAGUCAUCCAAGUGAAGGCCUCGGACCCUGAUGUUGGAGACAGCAGUCGUCUGGUCUACAGUUUGCCAGUAGGAAACUCCUUCUUUGAACUGGAGUCGGCUUCAGGUUUGCUGUUUUUGGUGUCGGCAGCAGGUCUGGGUGGAAUAAACGUCACAAUGAAGGUGAAGGCCACAGAUCCUCAUGGACUUUCUGCUACCAGCAGAGUGAAGGUUGUGGUUCAGGGCAGCAGCGACGUGACGUUCAUCUCUCUGAAUAAGCCGGUAAACAUUGUGGAGGAAAAGAUUCCAGAGCUGGAGGAGGCUUUAGGUAAAACUCUGGGCUGGACGGUGAACAUAACCCAGGUGUGGAGCUCUGAUGGAGAAGAAAACCGAAUGCUGAGGGCGUCGGUCAAGACUGUGGUCUGCUUAGUCGCUUUUGAUGACGAUGGAGCUGUUGAACCUCAGGAAGUCUCAAAGAAACUGCAGAGCGAGUCUGAAGAGGUGAGAGCGGCGCUGGCCAAGGUGUUGGGAAACGAUGUUCAGUUUGAAGUGGAGACGGAAAAACAGCCUCCAGGCUCCAGCUCAGACCCAACUGUACUCAUCGUUCUGGGGGUUUUGCUUGGCCUGGUUUCAGUGGCUCUGGUUCUGACUCUUUCUGUAUUUAAAAGGUGA